AUGGCAUCCUCGCAACCCAAACUCACAGCAGCGAUUCUGAUCAUCUCAGAAACAGCCUCGAAAGAUCCAUCAACAGAUAAAUGUAUCCCCGCUCUAUCUCAAGUCUUCUCCGACCUCGGAUCCUCAAACUGGACCAUCUCAACCACAACAAUCAUCCCAGACUCCAUCCCUGCAAUCCAAGAUGCAGUCCUUAAAGCCUGCGAUCAAGGCAUUAAUUUAAUCAUCACCUCUGGAGGUACGGGUUUUGCAGUCAAAGACGUAACUCCCGAAGCCGUGGGCCCAUUGAUUGAGAAGCAAGCUCCGGGGUUGGUGCACGGUAUGCUUGCUAGUAGUUUACAAGUUACGCCUUUUGCGGUGAUGAGUAGACCUGUUGCGGGAGUCAGGGGAAGCAGUUUGAUUCUUACGUUGCCGGGGAGUCCGAAGGGCGCGAAGGAGAAUCUUGAGGCGGUGUUUAAGUUGUUGAGUCAUGCUUGUUUGCAGGCUAGUGGGGGCGAUUCGAGGCAGAUGCAUUCAGGUGGUGUGAAGAAGUUGGAGAAGGAGGCGGGGGUAGGUGGGGGUGAGAAGGUUGGUGGACAUUCGCAUGGGCAUGGGCAUGGUCAUAGUCAUGGCCAUGGUCAUGGAUGUGGACGCGAUCAUGGACACGGAGGUCAUCACGGCCCAAAAGCCCACACUGCACCCGAAGACCGGCCACAGCAAUCUAACGACCCUUCUCAAGGACCUAGCAGGAGAUACAGACACUCGCCUUAUCCUAUGCUCUCAGUCAAGGACGCACUCCAGCAAAUCGACCUUCACACGCCCUCGCCUACCACCAUCACACUCCCCGUCAACGAAUCUCUGGUCGGCCAUGUUCUGGCCGAGGAUGUCACAGCACCAGAAUCUGUCCCUGCCUUCCGCGCCAGCAUCGUAGAUGGCUACGCCGUCAUCGCUGGCCCAGAUGCCCCCAGCACCAAAGGAACUUUCCCCGUCGCAAUGAUCUCUCACGCUCAAGCCGGAGAACACCAAAAACUCCAACCAGGACAAAUCGCCAGAAUCACCACUGGAGCUCCUCUUCCUCCUGGCGCAACCAGUGUCGUCAUGGUCGAAGACACCAUCCUCGUCUCCAAAACCGACGACGGUACAGAAGAGAAAGAAGUCGAGAUCUUGACUUCUGAAAUCGAGGUUGGAGAGAAUGUCAGAGAAGUAGGUUCAGACGUCCAAGCUGGCGAUGUCAUCAUGCGAAAAGGCGAGGGUAUCUCUGCUAUCGGUGGAGAGUUUGGAUUACUGGCUUCUGUGGGUGUUAAACAAGUUUCUGUGUACAAGAAUCCUGUUGUCGGUGUUUUGAGCACUGGAGAUGAGAUUGUAAACCAUGAUCGUGAAGGAGAGUUGAAGCGUGGAGAAGUCAGAGAUACUAAUCGUCCUACCCUCCUAACCGCCAUUCGAGGUUCAGGCUUUGAAGCCGUGGAUUUGGGUAUUGUUUCCGACAAACCAGGAGCCCUGGAACAAACCCUCCGCGACGCAACCCGCAAAGCCGAUGUCAUCAUCACCUCCGGCGGCGUCAGCAUGGGCGAACUCGACCUCCUGAAACCAACCCUCGAACGCCAACUCGGCGGGUCCAUCCACUUCGGCCGUGUAGCCAUGAAACCUGGUAAACCCACCACUUUCGCCACCAUCCCUGUAAAAUCCAACGACGGCUCUCGCAUCGACAAAGUCGUUUUCUCGUUGCCUGGAAACCCUGCUUCGUGCGUUGUCACCUACCAUCUUUUCGUACUUCCGGCUUUGCAUAAAUUAGCUGGUGUGGAGCCCAAGGGUUGUGCAAGAGUCAAAGUACAACUCGAUGGUGAUGUCAAGUUAGAUAAGCAAAGAGAUGAGUUCCACCGUGCGGUAGUCAAGGCUGGAGCAGAUGGAUUGUUGCAUGCUGUAUCUACUGGCGGACAACGCAGCUCGAGGAUUGGAAGUUUCAAGGGUGCGAAUGCUUUGUUGUGUUUACCUGCUGGCGAGGGAAAUAUCAAGAAGGGAGAGAUGGUUGAUGCGUUAUUGAUGGGCAAGUUGAUUGGUGAUGUUUGA